AUGGCCGCCGUGUACAAGUCUCUGUCCAAGACCGGGACGCAAAAGGCCGAAGCGCCCAGCAAUGGCGUCAAGAAGAACAAGCAGCGAGUGCUGAUCCUGUCUUCCAGAGGCGUUACAUACAGGCAUCGCCAUCUCUUGAACGAUAUUGCGUCGAUGCUGCCGCACAGCCGAAAGGAUGCCAAGUUCGACUCCAAGUCGCGCCUCAAUGAACUCAACGAGCUCGCCGAACUCUACAACUGCAACAAUGUGCUCUUCUUCGAGGCGAGGAAGGGAAAGGACCUGUACUUGUGGUUGAGCAAGGUCCCCAAUGGUCCUACGAUCAAGAUGCACCUUCAGAACCUGCACACCAUGGAGGAGUUGCACUUCACAGGAAACUGCCUCAAGGGAUCCCGGCCGUUAUUGUCUUUCGAUGGAGCCUUCGACAAGCACCCGCACCUGCGCGUCAUCAAGGAGCUGUUCCAGCACACGUUUGGCGUGCCGCAAGGCGCACGCAAGUCCAAGCCGUUCAUUGACCAUGUCAUGGGAUUCAGCUUCGUUGACGGCAAGAUUUGGGUCCGCAACUACCAGAUCAGCGAGGAGGAGGCAUCUGCGGUGAAGGCGAACGAGGAGGGUGCCAAGGAAGGCAAGGCCUCGUCCAAGUCAAAGCCCAGCAGCGACACCGACAUCAGCCUUAUCGAGAUUGGGCCCCGGUUUGUGCUCACGCCGAUCGUGAUCCAGGAGGGCUCGUUCGGUGGACCCAUCAUUUACGAGAACCGCGAGUUCAUCUCGCCAAACCAGCUGAGAGCGGACCUGAGGAGAUCGAAGGCCUCGAGGCACAAUGCGCGAGCAGAGCAGAUUGUCGGAAGGAUGUCCAAGAAGGGCGAUCUGGGCUUGAGGUCAAGCGGUGGCCAGCGGAUACCGAGGAACGAGUUGGACAACAAGGCACUCUUUGCUUAG